GUGAAAACAUCCUCAUCUCUCUCUCAUCCCAAUCAAUCUCAGCCGUUGGAUCCCCGACCAAUUAUCCGACAAUGCCGAUCAGAAACAUCGCCGUGGGCCGCCGUGAGGAGGCGACUCACCCCGACGCCCUGAAGGUCGACAGUUCUGAGUUCAUAUGCACGUUGAUCUUCGUCUUCGCCGGCUCUGGUUCAGGCAUGGCCUUCAACAAGCUCACCGGCGGCGGAGCCACCACUCCCUCCGGCAUCAUAUCCGCCGCACUCGCCCACGGAUUCGGCCUAUUCGUGGCGGUCUCCGUCGGCGCCAAUAUCUCCGGCGGCCACGUCAAUCCCGCCGUCACUUUCGGUGCCUUCGUCGGCGGCAACAUCACCCUCCUCCGCGGUAUCCUCUACUUGGCUAGCCUCCUCCUCAAGUUCGCCACCGGCGGCCUGGCCGUUCCAGCUUUCGGCCUCUCGGCAGGAGUAGGAACCCUAAACGCCUUCGUGUUCGAGAUCGUGAUGACGUUCGGGCUCGUCUACACGGUAUACGCCACCGCCGUAGACCCGAAGAAGGGCAGUUUGGGAACGAUCGCUCCAAUAGCCAUCGGUUUAAUCGUCGGAGCAAACAUCUUCGCCGGCGGAGCCUUCACCGGAGCCUCCAUGAACCCGGCCGUGGCGUUCGGACCGGCCGUCGUCAGCUGGUCGUGGCAAGGCCACUGGAUCUACUGGGCAGGACCAUUGGUCGGCGGUGGUCUCGCCGGGCUCGUCUACGAGUUCUUCUUCAUCUCCAACACUCACGAGCAGCUUCCGUCCUCCGACUACUGAGUCACGAACUCGGUGCGGACGACUCGGUCGAGCUCAUCUGUGUGUUGUACGUGGAUUUGAUUUGUUUAAAAGUGUUCAGUUUCGUGGGUUUCUGGCCGUUGGAUCUUUAGGGUUGACGAAUCCUUUGUCCGUUGAUCUAUGUUUGUUGUCCUUUCGAGGGUAUGAAUGGUAAUUUUCCUUGGAUCUUUGUAACC